AAGAAACAUAAAACGUCAUAAUAGUGUGAUAGACAGGAAGGGUGGAGAAAAUUCAUCAAAUUAAACGGGUUCGUCAGCCUCAACCUAGCGGGUGUUGAACCGAACCGGAGUUAAUUCACAACAUCUCGUUCGAAAAACCGGCCUAGAUCUAUGGCUCCUCCUGGUGUUAAAACCCGGAACUGGAGUCACCAAAGUUUGAUUACGGAAAAUGGCUAGUCGAUGAUGGAUAAGUUAAUGCAUUGGUGCGUUCAUAGAGCAAAAUUUAAACGUUUUGCUAAAAUACUUGCUAUUCUUUUAACUUUAAUAAUAUUCCAAGAAAACGUACGAGAAGCUGUAGCAUCGAAUACGUCGUCUUGCCAUAAUAUUGUGUGUUUAAAUGGAUAUUGCCAAGACGGACGUUGUCUGUGUGAUCGAGGUUGGCAAGGUUCGUCUUGUCAUCGAUGCGGAGGACGGGUUAGACUUACAGAAAGCUCAGGAUAUAUUACUGAUGGAGUUGGAAACUAUACUGUCGAAAUGCAAUGUACAUGGCUUAUUGAAAGUAAUAAACCAAAUAGUACUAUCAGAUUACAAAUAAUUAAUUUAAAAACAGAAUGUAAUUGGGACCAUCUCUACAUCUUUGAUGGAGGUUCUGUGUUUUCUCCACUUUUAGCAGCUUAUAGGUAAGAUACAUUAAUUACCUUUGUAGCUAAUGAAGUAAUUACUUAACUAUUUAAAUAUUUAAACAGAAAUUUGUUUUAUUCAAGAAUUACUGAGUUUUAAGUUGUGUAAUUUUUUAUUUUUUAAGAC